CUAGGCGUCCUGGAGCAGGAGAGGGGCCGAGAGACCCAGAGUCCGCGAGGCCGCAGAGGCAGGGACAGAGGGGCACUCGGACAGCCCGGGGGCAGCCAGUGGGGAGCUGGCCCAGGAGACCCCCAGGGGCCAGGACAGACAGACGGAGGGUCACAGACCAGCAGACAGAGAGAGGAGACAGGGGAGGGGGUGUCAGAGCCAGAGACCGGCCAGCCAGCCAGAGGGAGAGACAGAGCAAGAAGGAGGGAAAGGGGGAAGGAGAGAAAGCGGAGGGGAGAGGGUCCCAGUGGCAGGAGGAGCGGAGGGAACAGGGCAGCCGCAGAGGGCCGCAGGCAGGAGCCUUUGAAGAAGCAGCCGCAGCGUCCCGUCCCCAGGGCUGGGGUCAGGCCAGGUCGCCGGCCAGGCGGGCGGCCGCCAGCGUCAUGAGCAGCUCUGCGCUCCUGAGAAGGAAUUCUAGCAAACAGGGCCUGGAGAGCCUCCUGAGGCUCGCCACUCAGUGGAGUGUGGAAGAGGAGGAGGAUGGCGCCCGGGGGCGGCGCCAGCAGGAGAGGGGCUGGCAGCUUCCGGCCCAGGAUGAGGACGAAGGAGGCCAGUCCCUGGUGCAGCUGGAGCAGGAGAAGCUCCUCAGCCCGAAGCCCUCGGAGGCCCCUGAACUGGACGAGGAUGAGGGUUUCGGCGACUGGUCCCAGAAGCCAGAGCAGCGGCGGCAGCACUGGGGGGCUGGGGAGACCACGGACGGUGGGGCCCCCCCUCGGGGUGCGAGCCCGGAGGGGGAGCAGGAGGAGGACAGGCCCCUCCAGUACACCUUUGGGAGCCAGGGUGGCGACGAGCUGACCCCAGCUGGGGUCUGUCUGGAGGAGCUGCAUCUGAGCCCCGACUCAGAGCCCCAGGAGGGGCCGGGAACAGAGGACACAGAGCCCAAAGGCCCCGAGGGACCCGUCCAGGGCAGCCCAGGGCUGGCAGAGACCAAGGAGGCAGAUGAACAGCACCAGAGAUGCCAGCAGCGCAGGGCACCCAGCCCCUUGGUCUUGGAGGAGACGGAACCGGGCUCGCCUCCCCUGAGCCCCAGCACCAAACUCAGCGACAGAACCGAGUCCCUGAACCGCUCCAUUCAGAAGAGUAACAGUGUGAAGAAGUCCCAGCCAGCCCUGCCCGUCUCCACGAUUGACGAGAGGCUGGAGCAGUACACCCAGGCCAUCGAGACCUCUGGCCGGACCCCGAAGCUAGCCCGCCAGCCAUCCAUCGAGCUGCCCAGCAUGGCCGUGGCAAGCACCAAGAGCCGCUGGGAGACGGGAGAGGUGCAGGCUCAGUCCUCCGCCAAGUCCCCUUCCUGCAAGGAUAUUGUAGCUGGAGACAUGAGUAAGAGGAGCCUCUGGGAGCAGAAGGGAGGCCCCAAGGCUUCGGCGGCGCUUAAGAGCACCCCGUCUGCGAAGAGGUACAAGUUUGUGGCCACUGGACACGGGAAGUACGAGAAAGUGCUCGUGGACGAGGGCUCGGCGCCCUAGGCCGUCCUUCUUGCUUUCCCAAGACUGCAGCACCCGCCGGCGGCACCUCCUGGCUCCCGACCCACGUGCCCGGGGGAGAGGCCGGCCAGAUGAACGCCCCCCCGCCCCCCACUGGCCCUGCCGAAGAAGCUGCUUCUCAUGGUCUGCCUGGCCCGCGUGCACCCCCGACAUCCGCCACCUCUUGCUCCUGGACCCUCCAACCUCUCCCUCUGACCCCCAGCUCUGCCCCUCACAGUUCCGGGAGGAAAGGAACCCUGGCUGUUGGUUGGCAAAAGGACCACCUCCAGAGAAGCCGCAAGCUCCCAGGGAAGGCGCAGCCGGUGCAGAGAGAGGCCACGUGCCGGGGCCUCCGUGUCAAGAGCCACCAACACCCGCAACGGCACUGGCUCCCCCCAACUCCCCCCCCCACCCCGCCCCGCUUGCAGCCCUCCACUUUGUGCAGUAAACUCCCUCUGGUGUCUCCA